UUAAAAAUAAAGUUACCAGUUUAAAAGUUAUAGCUCAAAAAUUUUCUUUGAAUCCUUUCAGCACGGAUUAAUUUAAUUGGCAUCUAAUCUACUAUGAUUAUUAUCGAUACAUACACUGGAUGCUUAAUACGAAAGACUGAUAUCUGAUAAGCUCCCAUAAGAUCAAUAUAUCAAAGAAAUAUCAACCAUUUCUCCUGUUAUAUCACUCUAUAAUUAACAUAUAUUCAUUUAUACCAAUCUUAUGGUCGUUUCUCGUGAUUCCUGAACUCCUUUCAUAUCCCAUAACCCUCUCAACCGAUAAAAGAUUAUCUGUGAUUCCACACCAUUCAUCCAUUUAUAAUAUAUAUUUUAUUAAAUCUCAUUGGAAUUCACAUCCCAUAAAUAAUAUAUCCAAGUUAUCCGAUUUCAAAUUCAAUAACACUAAAAGCAUUGAAGGGGAAUUAUAUCUAAUUUACCCGGCUUAUAUUUUAUCUCCGCCCUUGGGGGUACCUCUUACCCCAAGGGAGGGCUACUAUCAGGGCUUAAUUUAUUUUAUCAAAAACGUGGUUUAUACUUUUUUAACUUUUAAUAACGAAAAAUUGUCAUCCUUAAAUAAAUCAAAUACUUAUAUGCCGUAUUAUUCAACUGUGAAAACAAUAAUCGCCAAUAAGCGAAAUAAACGUGGAGUAAAUGAUCAUAAUAAUACAUUUCUAGAAGGACAUCUACCUUCGAAUCAUUUGCCAUAUAAUCUUAUGCCUUUUAAUUUCACCCGGUACUUGCUUUUAUUAGGGAAGAGAAACUUGGACAACACAUCUCUGGCCAUAAAGGUAUUGCUGCAUCACUUACAAGAUGAAGACAAAUUGUUUAACGAUUCCAAGGUCAGAAACGGGUUGUACCAUCACUUAGAAAAAUUAUCGCUGGGUAAAGAAGUAAAAAUAAAAAAUACUCUAGUUUUUGCUCGUUACAAUUUAUUCGAAACCAUAUUGAUUGGAACGGUAGCCACAUUGCUCACGAUAUUAACAAUCGUCGGUAAUAUAAUGGUUUUAAUUUCUUUUCGAAUAGAUUCUCAAUUGCAAACCGUUAGCAACUACUUCUUAAUGAGUUUGGCCGUCGCUGAUAUCACAAUCGGUAUGGUGUCAAUGCCACUCUACACCGUAUUUGUUAUCACCGGGUAUUGGCCGUUUGGUCCCAUCCUUUGUGAUAUAUACUUAGCACUAGAUUAUCUUAUGAGUAACGCCUCCGUGCUUAACCUAUUGGCCAUAAGUUUAGACCGGUACUUUUCGGUGACACGCCCAUUAACUUAUAGGGCUUCCAGAACUCCUAAAAAAGCCGGCAUGAUGAUAGCUUUAGCAUGGAUAGUUUCCCUCUUAGUAUGGCCCCCUUGGAUCUUUGCGUACCCAUACAUAGAAGGUAAACGCACUGUCCCCAAUCAUGAUUGUUACAUUCAAUUUAUCAAAUCUAAUCCAUACCUUACUACCGGAACCGCCAUAGCGGCCUUUUACUUGCCAGUAACGGUGAUGAGCAUUUUAUAUUGGAGGGUUUGGCGUGAAACGCAAAAUAGACAAAAGGAUUUGUCCUACCUUCAAGCUGGUAAAAACGUGAGCAAAAAGUCUUCCUCUAGCGAUGAAGGAUCUUCCUCCCUACGUGGUACAAAGUCAUAUAAGAUAGUCGAUUCCCAUCAACCACUCUCUAACGCCAAUCUGUUGGAGGUCAAAAAAACUUAUUCAGUCUCCUCAGGGCUAGAUCACCGUAAAAAAUUUAUAGGUGAGAAACCACCAUCUCUUAUAUGGAGGUCUAAAACUUGCGUUCAAAAUUGUUGGUCCCGUUUCGCUAAUUGUUUUUCUAUCAUAGACAAAGAAAUUAUCGAUGGAAAUGAGGAUGACGAAGAAGAGAGUGAGCAACGGUCUGCAUCUUUUAGGAAUCGUCUAAUAGAUGAAAGAUCUUCAUCUGGAGUUUCAUCCUCUAGAGCAAACUCCAAGCGCAAAAUAAUGAUCGCUUUGCCCAUCAAAGAUGAAAAGAUUAAACUUUCCAUGGAUUACAAUUUAAUUACGACGCCUAAAAGAUUGUUAGAUAAUCAAGAUACCACAUUGAACCAAUCGCUUCUUACAUCCAAGGAAAGUGAGAAUAGCUUUGUCGACGAGACCUAUACCAUUAUCAUAAGACUGCCAGAUACCGCCAAUGAUAAUGAUACCGAUAAAGCUAGUGAUGUUAAUAAAAGGAAUUCAUCACGAGCCUCCAUAAAAAUGAUGCUUGCAUCUGACCAACUCCUUGAUGACUCUUUUUUGCAAAGAAGAGAAUCGCACACAUUUACAAAUCACCAUUAUUACGAUACAAAUGUUGUAACAGGGCACCCCUCUCGUACAGGGAAUCACAUUUACUAUAGAAGGUUAAACAUGAAUGAUGAUGAUCAAGUUGAAUCGACAAAAGUGACAUCUGCGGGGAGAAAAUUUUCCAUAUCCAAUUCAACAUCUUUUUACAAAAUACCUCUAUCAACUUCUAAAGAUAUGUUUAAGAAAUCUCAAACAGACAUCAAUUCAUUAUAUAGAGACGAGUACUCAGAACUAGAGCUAAAUAAACAUGACAAAGAUGAUGGUAUUGCAUCAUCCAUCCACUUAAAAUUUCCACGAAUAAUGGACGAAAAUCAUAUAUCAAACGAAUUAAAAGGGAAACUAUCCUUAUCUGUUACCAAAGAUAAUUUAAUAUUUAAUGGCCCACGAACAAACAUAGAUCAUUCCUACCACCGCAAUUCUUUUGAAAAUAUAUCUCCUUGGCAGCCUAAUACUUGUACUCAUUCAAAUUAUUCCAAUGCAUUUACAUCUACAUUAACGAGGAAUCGCGGCAUGUGCAGUAUUGAUUCAUCUCAAACAACAUUGCACUCUUUUCUGCAACAGGAAACAAAAAUUCAUGGUGAGGAUAGAUCAGAUAAGUUCGUAACACAACCAUCUUCAAUAUCUAAUCUAAUUGAUAUACUCAAAUCCGAGAAAUCUCAAAUUAUAUCUAAUGGUAGGAAAUUGGAUGCUGUUAACGAAAUACAUAUCCCCUCAUCUAAAUAUAACUCAGAUCAUAAAUAUGUCAGUAAAAUUGACUCGUUAGAUUCGACUUCACUUAAGAAUGCUCACACAAAUAUGGCACAUAAAGCUGUGCGCCAAGUUAAAUCCAAUAUUAAUGAAAUAAGAACAACUCAGAAAAAUGAUUACGUAAAUGCCCAUACAAAAAAAAUUAGCAAAAACAAGCAAUUCUUCAGUUUUAAUAAAAUAUUUCCAUCAAUAUCAAUUGCUAUGCUAUUCAAACAACGUUCCGAUCAUAUUUCGUUGAACAGUUACCAGUUCAAAAAGGGUAAACAACGCAAAAUAGUCAGUAGUAGUAGCAAAGGAACCAAAAACAAUAUCACCACUUUGUUGCCCGUAAGGCGACAAAUUUCCGUCAUGGACCACAAUGAAGAAUUUAGAACCCCUCAAUUUUUUAUCAAAUCCCAAUCAUUGGACAAGCCCAAAAGUCCUAAAGCCAUGACUUCUUCUUUAAUGAGUUUUAAUGCUUCGAGGCGAACUAAAGGAGAUGCUUAUUCGGAAGGCGGAUCGACUCAACCUUCUCUCUUAAUUCCCGCUUCAUACAUGAUAAAAUCCGAAAAGUCCAGGAAACGAAGGAUCGAGAAAAAGCAAGACAAAAAAGCCGCCAAAACUUUAACGGCUAUUUUGCUUGCCUUUAUAAUCACCUGGACCCCUUACAACAUCUUAGUACUUAUAGGAGCCUUUUGUUUGGAUUGUGUCCCCGAAGCCUUAUGGGCAUUCAGUUAUUACUUGUGUUACAUCAACAGUACUGUCAAUCCAGUAUGUUAUGCCAUGUGCAACGCCAACUUCAGAAGAAAUUUUAAAAAAAUUUUGUGCUGUCAAUUCUCUACAAAAAAAAAGCAUCGUCAUCACCCGAACAAUUUUUUUAUAACUAAAAAAUUGAAUAUGGCUAGAUAACAUAAAUAGAUAAUACAACAAAAUAAAUAAAGGCGGAAGAGGAAUUUUUGUAAACAUUGCCAAACACAAAUAAGAAAAUAAAUUUACUCACUAUUUUUUUAAAAAUAUAUAUUCAAAAGAUUAGUUAAUUUUUUUAAUAAAGAAUUAUUGUAUGCAUUAUCCUUUGCAAAAAUAUGAU